CGUGGCAGAGGGGCUUUUGGGAACGUGGGACCGGCCCUGGGUCUUUCACUUCCGUGGAAAAGCGGCUGGAGGACCCCCGGACUCGCAGCCAGCGGCGCAGCCAGAGCAUGCCCAGUGUUUGCGCUCCAGCUUCCGCGCAUUGGCCGCGGUGUGAGGAGGUUGGAUCAACACCGGUUGCGUAAGAGUGUCUUCAGAUCAGUAGCCUGUCCGUCGGCGUGACAGCCCGCGGGGAUGGAGCGCGGCGAAGAGGACGAGAAUGAGAGCGGCUCGUCCCAACACAACACGAUGUGGAAACAGUUGCAAGCCAAAGCAAAGCCCCUGCUCAGCCCCAAGCUGGGCGCCAAGGAGCCCGAAGACAAGAAGGAGCGAGGCAUGUGGGUCUUCAGGAAGCUCAAAUGGAGGGAAAAUGCCGAGCUGGACCGGGGGAUGUCCUCCUCGCAGCCCGACCUGCUCUUUUCCGCUCAGGUGGACGCGGACGCGGUGGAGGCGGAACCGAAGGAGGCUCAGGUCUGCGGCAAAGCGACCGGGAGCGGCUCAGGGCUCGUCCGGGAGAAGCUGCUGUCGACCAUCAAGCUCAGGUCCUCCAGCCCCAAUAAGCCCACGGUGGCUCAGCUGGUGCAGUCCCACCACAAGAGCGCAUCCCUGGGCUCUGCGUGCCUGGAGAGUAUGGCCGAGGCUUCGGGCAACAGCAGCGGGGACGACGCUGCAACAGCUGCCGCAGCAGCGGAGGAAGCGCAGUCGGAGGACGAGCAGCCGGGGAGCUCCCAGCAGGGCGUCGGGGGCCCGGGCUCCGCGGGGGGACACAGCUCAGGGAUGUACAAGCUGGAGGUGGAGCUGAAGCGAGGAAACAACCUGGCCAUCAGAGACCGAGGAGGCACCAGUGACCCCUACGUCAAGUUCAAGCUGGGGGGUAAAGACGUGUUCAAGAGCAAAACCAUCUACAAAAACCUGAACCCGGUUUGGGACGAGAAGGUGACGUUAGUGACGGACUCUCUGAGCGAGCCUCUGUAUGUCAAGGUGUUCGACUACGACUUUUGUCGCCAGGACGACUUCAUGGGGUCAGCGCUCGUCUGUCUGGAGUCUCUGGAGCAGCAGAGGGCCAUCCCUGUGACACUGGAGCUGAAGGACCCUCAGUGUCCAGACCAGGACCUGGGGACUCUGGAGCUCAGCGUCACUCUGACUCCUAAAGAAAGUCCCAUCGACGACAGACGGGACUCCACGACUAUGCUGCUCAGGAGGUCCUGGAAACGAUCCACUAAGCAGCAGCAGUCAACACGACUCUCCGAGGUUCACCGCAAGUCUCAGCUGUGGAGAGGCAUCGUCAGCAUCGCUCUGGUCGAAGGGCGAAACUUCAUCCCCACGGACCAAAACGGCCUGAGCGACCCCUACGUCAAGUUCAGGCUGGGACCCCAGAAAUACAAGAGCAAGGCCAUGCAGAAGACCCUGAACCCGCAGUGGAGGGAACAGUUUGACCUGCACAUGUAUGAGGAGGCUGGAGGGAUGCUGGAGAUCACAGUGUGGGACAAAGACACCGGCAGACGGGACGACUUCAUUGGACGAUGCCAGGUGGACCUGUCCACCCUGGCCAGGGAGCAGACUCACCACCUGGAGGUGCCUCUGGAGGAGUCCCGGGGCGUCCUGGUGCUGCUGGUCACGCUGACGGCCACGGCCUCCGUCUCCAUCGCUGAUCUGUCCGUCACGCCGCUGGACGACCCUGAGGAACGCAGGGAGAUCCUCAAACGAUACGGCAUGAAAAAGUCCUUCUCACACCUGAAAGACGUGGGUGUGGUUCAGGUGAAAGUUUUGAGGGCAGAAGGACUCAUGGCUGCAGAUGUAACCGGUAAGAAAACAUCAACUCAGAUCAUCAGACGUCUACAGAUGUUUGGCUUUGACCUCAUGUCUUUGGUCUCUUUAGGUAAAAGUGAUCCUUUCUGUGUUCUGGAGCUGAACAACGACAGGCUGCAGACACACACUGUUUACAAGAACCUCAGUCCAGAGUGGAACAAAGUCUUCACCUUUAACCUGAAAGACAUCCACUCGGUGCUGGAGGUGACGGUGUUUGACGAGGACCGAGACAGGAGCGCAGACUUCCUGGGAAAAGUGGCCAUUCCUUUAUUAAAUGUGCGUAACGGCGAACAGAAGCGCUACAUGCUGAAGAAUAAGUGUCUGACGGGUUUGACCAAAGGAGCCAUUUACCUGGAGAUCGAUGUCAUCUACAACACUAUUAAAGCUGCUUUGAGGACGGUGAAGCCUGCAGAGCAGAAAUACAUCGAGGAGGAACCCAAAGUCUCCAAACAGUUGCUGCAGCAGAACUUUAACCGGGUGAAGCGAUGCAUCAUGGUCCUGAUCAGCUACGGCGCCUACAUCAAAAGCUGCUUCGAGUGGGAGUCGACCCAGAGGAGCGUCGUGGCCUUCGUGCUCUUCGUGGUGGUGGUGUGGAACUUCGAGCUCUACAUGCUGCCGCUGGCUCUGGUGCUGCUGCUCAUCUGGAACUUCUUCUUCUGCAAGGAAUCGCUUGACGUGUCCAUGGAGUUUGAAUGGGAAGAUGACGAAGACGAUAAAGACGACAAGGACUCGGAGCACAUGGGCUUCAUGGACCGACUUUACGCCAUCCAGGACGUGUUCGUCAGCGUGCAGAGCGCCCUGGACGAGGUGGCGUCGGUCGGAGAGAGGAUGAAGAACACCGUGAACUGGACUGUGCCUUUUCUGAGCUGGUUGGCCAUCACUGCCUUAUGUCUGGCCACCUUCCUCCUCUACCUCAUUCCUCUCAGAUACCUCAUACUAGCAUGGGGUGUGAAUAAAUUCACCAAGAAGCUUCGUAACCCGUACUUGAUCGACAACAACGAGCUCCUGGACUUCCUGUCCAGAGUUCCCUCCGACUUUCAAGUGAUGCAGUAUCGGGAGCUGAAACCUGAACCUGGUCCAAGUCCCAACAAACGCAGCAGGAGGACGAACCCGAGCUAGCUGCUCACGUCUCAACUGUGAACUCUGUAAAACUUUCUUAUUUAUAUAUAUUUAUUGUACAUUCUGAUCAUUAUUAUUAUGAAAAGUCGGGUGAUGUGGGAUUUUUUUUUUGUUUUCUAAACCUUGUAAAGUAAAAAAACAAAAAACAAAGAGCUGUUUUUUAAACUUUUUUUUCUCGUGUUGACGAUGACUGUGAUGAAUGUUCAUGUGUUCAUGUCGUGUGUUAUGAAGUGUCUGCAUGUAGCUGCACGGGACCGAUGCAUUCACUGCUUCUUUAUUUCCUCUGUGUCUUGGAGCUGCAUGUAGUUUCUGACCAAUCACAGCCCUGCAUGCUGCCUGUCCUCCUCUAUGCUAAGCUAACAGAGCUAAACACAUGUUUAGAGUUUAACUGAAGGUUGAGGCCUCGAGUCGUCAGGUUUCUUCUCUUUUAUUUCUUUGUCCUGUCUUUAUUAUAUUUUCUCAUUUAAAUAUUAAUCAGGAUUAAACCGUGUGACCCCUGAAAGCAGAUGAUUUAAUUAUUAAUUUGUCUGAGUUAUCGACUUUAAAAACAGAUAUAAAUAUUAUUAAUAAUUAAAAAAUACAGGUGGAUUCAUAUGGAGCCAAAUAUAACUUGGAAUAAUAAAUAAAUACCAAAUAUUUUAA